AUGGUAUCUCCAACAAAAAUGAUCAUAAGGUCUCCAUUGAAGGAAACAGACACCAAUUUAAAACAUAAUAAUGGGAUUGCUGUAUCAGCUACGGCGACGACCCAUUUAAACGCAUUCUCUAACGAUAAUAACGGCAACAAUAAUAACACCAGUGAGUCUUUUCCGAAGAAAAGAUCCCUUGAGCGCCUCGAGCUCCAACAACAACAACAGUUGCACGAAAAGAAAAGGGCUAAACUAGAAAGAGCGAGAUCUAUUGAAGGUGCUGUUCAAGUGAGCAAGGGGACUGGUUUGAAAAACGUCGAGCCAAGGGUUACACCUAAGGAAUUGCUGGAAUGGCAAACAAACUGGAAAAAGAUCAUGAAAAGAGACUCUCGCAUCUACUUCGAUAUUACGGAUGACGUAGAGAUGAACGCAUAUAACAAGUCCAAGAUGGAAAAGCGUAGAGAUCUAUUGAAAAGAGGUUUUCUUACUUUGGGCGCACAAAUAACCCAGUUUUUCGACACCACCGUUACAAUAGUCAUUACAAGAAGAUCCAUUGAGAAUAUAUAUUUGCUAAAGGAUACUGACAUUUUAUCCAGGGCUAAGAAAAAUUACAUGAAAGUUUGGAGCUACGAGAAAGCUGCAAGAUUUCUGAAAAAUCUCGAUGUGGAUUUGGAUCACUUAAGUAAGACUAAAUCUGCGUCUCUGGCUACGCCCACGUUGUCCAAUCUUUUACACAAUGAAAAGUUGUAUGGGCCGUCGGAUAGGGAUCCCAGAACCAAGAGAGAUGACAUUCACUAUUUCAAAUAUCCGCAUGUAUAUCUUUAUGACCUGUGGCAAACCUGGGCCCCCAUAAUAACGUUAGAAUGGAAAUCUCAAGAGUUGACAAACUUGGACGAAUUACCUUACCCAAUUUUGAAAUUGGGUUCAUUUGGUAGAUGUCCUUUUAUAGGCGAUAGAAACUAUGAUGAGACUUCUUAUAAGCGCGUAGUGAAGAGAUAUUCGAGAGAUAAGGCAAACAAAAAAUAUGCAUUACAACUUCGUGCCUUGUUCCAAUAUCAUGCUGAUACCCUUAUGAAUACGUCAUCAGUUAAUGAUCAAACGAAAAGCCUAAUAUUUAUUCCACAUACAUGUAACGAUUCCACCAAAAGCUUCAAAAAAUGGAUGCAAGAAAAGGCAAAAACUUUCGACAAGGACGAAUUAAAAAAGCCGGAUGAUGCUAUUCAAAAGUCCCAUGGUGAAGAUGAUAAUCAAGCCGAUCAUAACAAUAGUAUAUCCUCAAAAGAGAUUGAAAACAGGAAACAUUUACCAGGAGAGAAGGCAGAAAAUAAACCAUUUGUCACUGAAGAAUGUAAAAAUUAUCCGCAGCAGAAAGAAUCACUUGUUACAUCGAAACUAAAUCAUCCAAUAUUAGCCACUUUCACAAGACAAGAAACCGAAGAAGUACCGGACGAUUUAUGUACUUUGAAGACAAAAUCACGUCAAGCUUUUGAAAUCAAAGCGAGCGGUGCCCAUCAAUCCAAUGAUGUAGCGACCUCCUUUGGCAAUGGUUUGGGUCCAACAAGGGCAAGUGUUAUGAGUAAAAAUAUGAAGUCUUUGAGUAGACUUAUGGUUGAUAGAAAGUUGGGGAUAAAGCAAACGAACGGCAGCUACAAAAGCCAUACUAUUACUGCGACUACGGCCGUAGAAACGGCAAUAGAAAGCAAGAAAAGGCCAAGUGUUAAUCUUUUGCAAAAAGAUGAAAUCUGCUCGAAGGUGAUGAACAAAGAUAAUUCCAUACAUAUGGAAACCACUAACAAAGUACAGGAUCUUCCAAAGACCGGUACAAAGUCUGCAUCCACGGGCCUAAAAUUUAAUAAUGACAUCAAGAUAACUACCGACCAUAUAACAGCAUCGAAGAAAACUACAACUUCUACAAUUACCACAUUACAUCCAAAUGCACAAGCAACACAGCCAGCUCAAAAAGAACCAAUAAAAAAUUCUGGAUACUGUGAGAACUGUCGUGUAAAAUACGAAUCCUUAGAACAACAUAUUGUUUCCGAGAAACAUUUGUCUUUUGCUGAAAAUAAUUUGAAUUUUGAGGCUAUUGACUCAUUAAUUGAAAAUCUCAGAUUUCAAAUAUAG